AUGGAGGCUGCUGCUUCAUCUUCUUCUAGCUCUGCGCUAGUUAUUUGGGGUAGCACAGGAAAACGGCUUCAGUUCACACGACAAGAACUUCAAAUGCCAGAGAGCGUCAAGUCUAAAUCUAAUUAUCACUUCUUUGAGAAACAGUGGGAUACAGUGGCAGGAUUUUGGAUGAAUCGUGUUUUAAAGGAGGCGUCACUGCAGCAUAUGACCGUAGAAAAUAUUGUGCAGUGUAUCGUAAACGACAUCGAAAGACGAUGGGAACAACGAAAGAAGGAAAAGACAUUAUACAAGAAAAAGAAACGUUUACUUGAUCGUCAGAACAUAACUGCUGCUGGUAUGCCUUCUCCACAUGUUUUACUUACUAACUUUGUUUCGCUUAACACGUAUCGGGAACUCAUCGCUACAGAUAAAUUUCAAGAACUGGUCUUAUCAGUGAUCGAAAAGGUGGAAGAACUAGCUAAAGAAAAAGUAAUACGUCAUACUAUUCUUGUGGAUGACAGUGAAGGAAACAACAAUGAUAAUCAUAACAAUAACGGCAACAACAGCCAAGUUGGAACAGAGAAAAAUGAAGAUCAAAAUAAGAAACGUAAACUUGAGGAGGGAAGUGAGUUGACAUUUGAUGACCACGUAGCAAUUGUGUGCACAUUAUCCUCAGAAGUGAGGGCGGCUAGCGUAGUUGCCGAACUGCAUGGUAGCAAGUUUGAUUCUCGGGUGGUUAUGUGUCGGUUUUACGACUUGUAA